GAUAUGUUCUCGUCAAUCCAAAAAUGUAAGUACGUCACCUUACCAUGGGUUAUCGCAACACGAGAAGGUGCACGCGUUUCGAUCGGAAUCCCCCGAGUUAUAGGAUUAGACUGACAUGUCACGUGACAAUCGUGUUGGUCAUCGUAUAAACGCGAUGAAAAUCGAUUCGAAAAGAUUACAUAAAUUGCUGUCCGACUUUUGUUUACUUUAUCGAUGGUCUUAUCGUUGGAAUUGAUAACGUUAAGAAUCAUCAUCGGCCUCGGAUUUUCGGCUACCGAACGGCUAAAUCGCGUAUAAUGAAACAAAUAACGGAUAUUUUCGCUAUAUCUCGAGGUACCGACGUGAAAGUAAUUACGGGAAUUGCGAGUAACGAGCGGAGGCAGCGUUGGAGGAGAAAGAGAAAAACUGGCGUAGGAGCGAGCGCGAGUGCAAGUGUGAGAACGGGAGCGAGUGCAAGAGCUAGAGCUUGUGUGUACCUUUGUGUAAACGACGGUUGCGCGCCCGAAGAGAAACGAGACGAAACGAAGGAUUCGAUGAACACGUCAACGAAAAGCGUGGCAGAUAUCGGUUAGAACGGUGGACGGACCAUUGAACAGCACUUACUCUCUGUAUCGGAAUCAAUUUGCAUUCUGCCGUACUUUAAUCAAGCGCAUUUCGUCGAGUGCUCGAAACAAAGUGAACAGAAAGAAGAAGAAGAAGAAGAAGAAGCGACAAGGAAAAAAGAGGAACGAAGCGAGCAAGCGAACAAGCAAGAAAGAAAAAUAUAGGAGGAAAAGGGAUGAUGUUAAGGUUAUGCCGAAGUACGUUCCAUGACACGUGACACGUUAGAUAUUUUUGCGAGAAUCUAUUAGUUACGUGAUAGCGAGAAAAGGUGAACGUGAACGAGAAGAAAAUCUUCGGAUGUCAGUCGGUCGUUCGGUAUGCCGGGGAAUCAACAGAACGUUGUAUUUCAGCGGGUCGGUUCCGCCCUGUUUUACGGGUUGUCGUCUCUAAUGAUCACUGUCGUGAAUAAAACGGUGUUGACGUCGUUCGAAUUCCCAUCGUUCCAAGUGCUCGGCAUAGGGCAAAUGCUGGCGACGAUCGUGUUGUUGUCGGGCGCGAAGAAGCUGCGCUAUGUCGAGUUUCCUAACCUAGAAGUGGCAACGUUCGCGAAGAUAUGGCCGUUGCCAGUGAUUUACAUCGUUUCAGGCGGCUCUGUUCGAAGGUUUUUCGGCGACGCCUCGUUCGCGAAGAGUUACGCGAUGGAUCGCAUCGAUUUGACGCCGUUGCAGCGCGCGGUUUUGACCAUGGGCGCCGCCGCGAUAUCCUUCACGAAUCCGUUUCGCGGCGACAUGAUCGCCUGUCUAGGAGAGACCACCGGAUCCGAAGCUCUCAUCCACUGCCGUCAACAGAUGCUGGCUACCGCCGAGGGACGACGCAUUCUCGAUGAACAACCACGCAUCUCCACCGCCACGGUCGAUCUCGACGCGUUGAAACGCUUGCCAAAGGGGACCGUCGGCAGAACUUAUCGUGAAUUUUUGGACGCGAACAAUGUGUCGCCCGACUCGAGACCGUUGGUCAGGUUCGUCGAAGAUACCGAAUUGGCGUACGUGAUGCAACGGUACCGGGAGACGCACGAUAUUUAUCACGCGUUGCUACUGAUGCCGACCACCAUGCUUGGAGAGGUGGCCGUCAAGUGGAUAGAAGCGUUGCAAUUCCGUUUGCCGAUGUGCUUAACCGGAGCGAUAUUCGGCGCGUAUCGGUUGCGUCCAAGGCAGAGGAAGAUGUAUCUCCGUUAUCAUCUUCCGUGGGCCAUUCGAACCGGGAACGACGCGAAAUUCUUAUUGGGAGUUUACUUCGAGGAACGUUGGGAGCAGCCCCUCGAGGAGUUCCAUCGGGAAAUGAAUAUCGAGUCGCUGGUCGAACUUCAAGAGAAACCGAGCGAGUCCGAGUAGACCACGUGACUGUUCGAUUAGGCAGCGAUGCGACACAGCUUUACGGAUGGUAUAACAAUGUUUAUUCGUAACGUCGUAACGUUGGAAAUAUGAAGAAUAUAAUUUUUAUAAUGAUGGAAUAUACGAGUGCGACUUGUAUUACAAA